AUGCUGUACUAUGAGCCACUCGCUCCGCUCCAAGGAAUCGACCAGCUGGGUGUCGAGGUCGGUCCGGUGAUUCCGGAGCUAGCCUGUACUGACGAAGGAUUUCCCGACGAAGGAAGUUCUCCCGAAACCGAUGCUUCCGAAAGCCGUCAACGAAUCGACCGGAGGAUCCUGUACGAUGCUGACGAUAUUGAUAUUGUGAUACUAUCUGACGAAGAAUCUAGACAACUCCAACGUAGAAGUCCUCAACGAAGGACGUUCUCCCAGCAUCGAGUUUCCUAUUACACCACACCCGAAGACACCCGAAGCAGUGCCAAGGGGAUCGACCAGGAGGAUGUCGCGGUCGUUCCGACGAUUCCGGUUGAAGCAAGGCUUCCGGUUCGCUGGCGCCUCGACGAUGGAAGUUUCCCCGGGAUCGACGCUUCCGAAACCCGUGAACUGUUCGAACGGCAGGCUGCCUGGUUCGAUCAGUCUAGCAAGAUGGUCAAGCAAAAGUAUUUGUUGGAACUUGAAAAUAUUCUUGACAAGCAGCACAUAAUUCUGAGAAUGCUUGGCCUGGACGUCUACACCAGUGGAUAUUCAUUUUCGUUUUUGCCAAUCCUUUUCAUUCUAUCGCUUGCGGCUUUCAUGGUGUUUUCUGUAACCGAUCUGUACAUUUUCCGUGGCGAUACGUUUAACUUUUCUUUUGUUUUGGCAACCUUUUUUUACGGAGUUAUCGGAUGUGCCCGGAUUGGAUUUGCCUUGAGAUAUCCGGAAAAAGCUGCCCACGCAUUACAAGUUGCAGUGGAAACCUAUCGGCUGACUUCGUCGAAUCAUCGCGAACUGGAGAUCUUUCAGAAAUACACCAAAAGAUUGAAGAGAGCUGUGGUAAUGUACAGUGCACUGUUUGUUGGAAGUAGCGUUUUCGCCAUGCUGCUUCCGCUCGUCGUUUACCUUUGGAACGGUCAGAAAAUGUUAGUCUUCGGAGUCAUUGUCCCGUUCGUCGAUCCCGAGUCAACUGAAGGAUACGAGAUCAACUAUAUGUACCAGAUUAGUGUCAUGCUGUGGGCUAUACCAGCACUCACGGUUUCCCAGAACAUUUACUUCGCGAUGGUAUUCAAUAUCUGCAUCCAGUAUGAUAUGCUAAUCGUUAAAUUGGAGGAGCUUGACGUUCUCAUUAAAAAUAGUGACGCAGAAAACACGAAUUCUACAAUAUACCGGAAUUUAGUGCAGAUCAUUAACUACCAUCAACGGUUGAUUAACUUCGUGUUGGAGAUUGAAGAUUUUUAUUCUCUACAAAUUUUUAUAGAAGUCAGCGCAAGUGCGUUACAGAUCGUACUGACCUUAUUCACUUUGAACACUGCUAUCUGGAUUCCCGGCUAUUUGAUGAUUGUAAUUUCGACCUUUCAGCUACUCGUUGUUUGCGUUCUGGGAACAAUGAUCGAUACGAGGAGUGAGUCAUUCACGGGUGGAAUCUAUAACAUUUCAUGGCGUCGGCUUCCUAAAGCACAGCAAAGGCUUGUGCAAUUUUCUCUGGCCAAUUCUCAGAAGCCGCGUUUGCUGACCUACGGAGGAGUGACACCCUUGAAUAUGAAUUUGUUCCUCACGGUCUAUCAGAAGAUUUACUCAGUCUAUAUGAUGUUGCUGAAUAUGAAGAAGUAA